GCCCCUCGUGAGUCUUACAUCCGUUUGCACUUCAGGAUGAAGUCGUUCUUCUCUUGACCUCUCCUUUUUGAGAUCCCAAACUUGAGCCUCUAGAAAGGGAGAGAGCUACACGCCAUGCGUCCUAAAGUUACGUAGCAGAGCUCUUCUGCUACUGACUCGAAAACCACUUCAGAUGCCGGUAUAGCACUGACAAGAUCCAGGUAACCAGGAUCUGCCAAUUAUGCCAAGUCGCCUGAAGCGCGGGUCUCUGAUGAAGCUUCGGCAGAUGAGCAGUUCUGACAUUACUUCAUACUCUUCACGACAUCCGAAAAGCAUCGUUUGGCUAUUGCUUGUGUCUCGCUAACUCGUACGUUACAUCUCCACUGUCACUACAACUCUUCCAUCCCUUUAUCUCUCAUCUGCAUGCGCCUUCCCUUUUUGCUCUCUGAUCGCCUCACAUUUAACUCGGGCUCUUAUUUCUCUUAUACUCAAGCAGUAACGAGCAGGCAUCUCGUUGAAUUAACAUUGCACUUAGGUUUGCUGGCUGUACUAGAGGUUGUUGCAACUAGGCCACUUCAACCAUUCUCAGAAUAUGGCUUCCGUCCUUUGAGUUGGUUCGAACGGAACCAUUUGCUGGGAGAAUUUUCCAGACUUCUCAUAGAUCUUUGGCAUCAGGAGCUGUUUCGUUUUUGUAUCAUGUCCUGCCUUGGGCGUUUUAGCAAACAGCUCACUCUUGUUAACACUGUUGAUGUUCGACUGGAGGGAUUAUUGUCUCAUAUUUCAUGUAUCGAGACCUCUCACUGCCUUCACUUAUUGUUUGCUUAUUUUAUCAUCUCUCAAUGCCAAGUUAUCAACGCAGCGGUACUUAUACCUGGCCCUAAGAGCAUGGUGAGUCUGAUUAUGAUACCGGCAGCCCUCAAGCCUAUAUCGCCCAUGUUUUAGAUGAUUAUCAGUUCUAUGAUGCCCUCGGCAUGCUCAAGGAGUAUUGGUAAAUUGGUGCGAGCUUCGUGGGCGACUUUCAUCAUACUCACAUGGAGCACGUAUAAUGUUAAUAGGAAAACAAGUUCUCAGUUGCAUAUGGUUUGCCAACUUUACGA